ACUAAUUUCCCUCCUACAGUUCUAGUUCGCGAUGGAGCUUUGCGCGAUCGUUCUAACCCUUGUUCUUGUUCUUGGGGCCGAAUCGAUCGCCCAGAGCGAGCAAUGGUGCGGCUGGGCGAUGAGCACCAGCGGCAGUGGCGCGAGGAACGCGAGGAUCAUCGAUAUUACGCAUUCAUUGAGGGAAGGGCUGCCGGUUUGGGAUUCCUUCCACAGGGGCCUGGGGAAGCUCGUCCAUCAGGUGGAGAGCAUUGCCAAUGGAUCCAUCGCCAAUGCUUCCGAGCUUAAGAAGAUGGGCGUGCACACGGGGACGCACGUCGAUUCGCCCAGCCACUUCUUGGAGGAUGCCUUCCUUGCUGGGGUGGACACGAGCAAUGGUUUGGAUCUCGGCAUUCUCAAUGGGCCAGUGCUGGUUGUGGAAGCUCCCAGAGAAACAAAUAUAUCAGGGAGUGUGAUCAAGGACAUAGUUCCUCAAGGUGUAAAGCGUGUUCUCUUUAGAACUUUAAACACGGACAGGCGGCUCAUGUGGAAUCCAGAGUUUGUGACUGACUACACGGCGAUCACAGGAGAAGGGGCCGAGUAUAUAGCCGAGAAAACUCAACUCAAACUAGUUGGAGUGGAUUACUUGUCCGCUGCAGUUUAUGAAGCUCUAGCGAGAAGUCACAAGGCUCUUCUAAGGAAGGGAGUGAUCCUUGUGGAAGGACUCAACCUUGACAAUGUGGACACUGGAAUGUACACGCUACACUGCCUCCCUCUUCGGCUGGUUGGCUCAGACGGAUCUCCAACACGCUGCAUCUUAACCGAUUAGCUCCAAACUUGGUCAGCGUUUUCUCUUUGUACACUCUUUGUUUUCGAUACUCAUAUUUUUCUUACAAAGUUAUUAAAGAUAUUUUAGUAAUACAACACAACUAUUUUGUGCUUA